CUGAUAAUGGCUGGAAAUAGUAGUAGCAUGAGCGUGGAAGAUGAUGAUGCUCUGUUACUACAGAGCAGGAGGAGACGGUAUUUGAUAGUGAGGCCAGAGAAGGGAGGAAUAUGGGACUUGCUCGGCUCCGCGCUGUGGGGCGGGGAGGCCUGCAAGUUCUUGGAGACGAAUGAUCAUAUUGAUCAUCAGGUGGAGGUGCUGGAUGAUGCUGCUGAUCGCGACGAAGUUUACAGAACAGCAUCAUCAUGGGUGAUAUUGGUGUCUGUAAUCGCUCGCAAGAUCAUUUCAACUGUUGGGAAGCCCAUGGAGUACACUGGAUACGCCCUUGAUUUCUUCCUCAAUUUACUCUCCCUCAAUGGCGGCCUCUCUGGCUUACUCCUCAACUUCCUCCUCGGUAAGGUGGUAGUACCUGAGAGGGGUAGUGCGACGUUUAUAUCCACCAUCGGACAUUUGGAUGGAAGAAUCGACCUUUACAAUAAGGGCAGCCCUGCCCCUGAUGACCAUGAUCAACUAGUACAGUUGCUUGGCGGUCAAGACAGCUCUGGUGAGCCGAAUCGAGCUCUGAUGGACCUCUGUGUUAUGGCCUCCAAGCUGGCUUAUGAAAACGCCAAGGUCGUUCAAACCGUUGUCAGUCACCACUGGAAGAUGCAUUUUGUGGACUUCUUCAACUGCUGGAAUGAUUUCCAGAAGCAAAUGUCGACACAAGUGUUCAUACUCUGCGACAAGCCCAGAGACGCCAAGUUGAUACUGAUCAGCUUCAGGGGAACGGAGCCUUUCGAUGCUGACGACUGGUGUACAGACUUCGACUACUCGUGGUAUGAGAUCCCGAAGCUGGGGAAGGUACACAUGGGUUUCAUAGAAGCCAUGGGAUUGGGAAACAGGAAUGACAUCCAAACCUUGGACCAUCACCUGCAAUUGGGAGGACGAUUUACUACUAAUCAUGAUCAAGGUAAGGGCGAUUGGCAGAAGAGUGCAUAUUACCUGGUGAAGAAAAAGCUCAAGCGCUUGCUGGCAGAGAACAAAGACGCAAAAUUUGUGGUGACUGGCCACAGCUUAGGCGCGGCACUUGCCAUACUGUUCCCAACCGUGCUGCUGUUGCACCAGGAGGAUGAGCUGAUGAAAAGGUUGCUGGGAGUAUACACGUUUGGACAGCCGAGGAUUGGGAACGCGCAGCUAGGGAAGUUCAUGGCAGCUCAUCUCGAACAUCCUUCGCACAAGUACUUCAGGGUUGUCUACUGCAACGACUUGGUCCCCAGGCUGCCUUACGACGACAAAACCUUCCUGUACAAGCAUUUUGGAUACUGCCUCUACUAUGACAGCUUCUACAUUGAGCAAGAAAUGCAGGAGGAGCCGAACAAGAAUUUCUUCAGUUUAAGGAAUGCAGUGGCGGUACACCAGAAUGCUGUUUGGGAGCUGCUGAGGAGUUUGACAAUUGGAUACACCAAUGGUCCAGAAUACAGGGAAGGCUGGCUGUCUAUGUGCCUAAGGGUCGUCGGAGUGGCACUUCCUGGCAUUUCUGCGCAUUCUCCCAUCAACUACGUCAACUCCGUCAGGCUAGGAACAACUACACAGCAUGCAUGCUUAUAUUAAUGCACUGUCCUUCACUUGCUGCUACAUUACGCAAACCAAUCGAGCUGCAGCACUGCAUCUCAAUUCGUCGUGUUACGCUGCUUCAGUCGGUUCAAGGAAGUCCGAAGAGUGUUCCUCUCUUCUUACUUCUUAUGAUCCCCCUUUUUAAUAAGAGACUACAUCUUCAUACAUUGCGAUGGAAUAAAGAGAGAAUCAGGAUUCGAUACAUUAUGCUAUACGUACUAUACUACUUGGAUUACUUGGCUGUAAUAAUAUUUCAGUUACCCUUCAUUGUAUUAUUACUCCCAUUGCAUGCGUUACACAAAAAAGCAAGCCCCAGACUCGAGAU